CCACCGCACCAAACCCUACCCAGAUCACUCACCUCUCCUCCCUUCCUUCCUCCCGCCGCCUCCCUCUCUCUCUCCCCGAUCCAGAUCGACGCCGCCACCCCUCUCUAACCCUACCUUCCCGUCGCCGGCGGCGGCGCCCUCCUUCCCUCGCCCUCUCCUCCUCCCCUCCUCACGUGCAUCUCCACCAUGCCAUGAAUCCCGGUGACCCACCCCUGUCUCCACGCCCGCCUCGACAACCACCUCCGUCGCGCGUCCGAGUCCCAUCCGUGUCUGCGCCGGCUCCGUCUCCUUUCAUGGGAGGUGACCCGCACCCGGCCCCGCAGCAGGGGAGGGGCGGCGACGGCCUCGUGUAGAUCCCAUCGGGAUCCCGUCCGCAUCACGGCGCAGACGCUAAAGCCACGACGGCGGUCACCCUCCGCACACCACCGCGCCCUCCCCUCACCCUGGCCCCAGGUCGAGCAGUGCGAGGCGAUGCUCCCAUACCCUCGACGGCCGCAGCCUUGCCCACACCGAUCUGGAUCCGGGAUGCGACCUCGAUCUGGAGCCGUGAUCCGGGAUGCGCUCCUUCCUCCCUCUCUUCGUCAGGCCUGACCCGGCCGUCAUCAUCGCCUCUGAGACGGCUUGCGUGCUGGAGGCACGCGGGGCCCAUGUCGUCAUGACCGUCCGCAACCUCGCUGCGGCAGAGGCAGCGCGCCAUGCCGUCCUUGCCGAGAACCCCGCCGCCAACCUCGACCUGAUGGAGCUGGACCUCCCUGGACUCCACCUCCCUGGCCUCCGUCCGCAACUUCGCCGCGCCCACAGGGGCCUCCCACUCAACAUCCUCAUGAUGUUGCGCUUGCUACUCACAUGUUUUCUGAUGCCGCAACAAAGGACUAUAUGUGGUUUCUUCAGUGGGGUGUCUUUGUCGCUCCUCAUGUUCAAUAACGUUUCAGCAUUGGACCUGCUAGUCACCCAAGCCAAGCCUCGCAUCGCUUCAACAAAGCGAUACUUCUUCCAAUCCACCCCUGCUUCGACUAUGCUUUGUUUUUCAUCUUCUUUUAUUUAAGCUAAGAAAGAUUUUGAGUUUGCAUCCAUCUCAUUACACUAGCACAAUAUAUUAGUUAAGGAAACUCUACUACAUACCUACAAAAUUACAUGAUGAAUGGGAACCCAUCAUUAAAGUCAAGAUUAAAAAUUAUGAGUGUUUUGUUUUA